AUGAGGAGAGCCAUAAUAGGGAGCGAUGUUUUUCAAAUUGUUUAUUUUCAUUUUCAAGGGAGUUUCAAAGAUUGCUUCAAAGGAAGUAAUGCUACGCUGGUCACCCUAGACAGCAGAAUUUCAUUGAGUUUUGUAUUGAAGCCUUCUUUUCAAGAGAUUGCAAGAGAUACUUACGAAGCCAAAACUGAAGAAGUUGACUUUGCAAACAAGAUAAUUUCGGCUGAUGAAGAGAAUUCAUGGGUUGAAAAGGCAACCGGAGGGCUAAUAAAGGAAGUCCUCCCAUCAGGAUCUAUAGACCGCGAAGCAAGACUCGUUCUCGCAAAUGCACUGUACUUUAAAGGAUCAUGGGAUCAACCUUUUAAUCCAUCAAAGACGCAGCAUCGUAAUUUUCACUUUCUUGAUGGAAAAAUCGUUCAAGUGCCCUUCAUGACAGGUAACAUAUAUGAGCAAUAUCAUUGGCGAACCUUCGAUGGCUACAGGGUACUUCAACUUCCCAACCAAGGAGGUGAAGAAACCAGGAAACUUUCCAUGUAUUUCUUUCUACCAGAUGAGAAAGAUGGCUUGCCAAAUCUAGUUAAAAUGUUCAAUUCCAAACCUGGCUUCCUUAAUCAGCAAUUCAAUCUGCGGCUUAAAGAACUUGAUGAUUUUUGGAUCCCAAAAUUCAAAUUCUCUUUUGAGUUUGAGGCCUCAGAAACCAAGAAAGAACUGGGACUUCACCGGCCUUUCUGUCCAGGGGAACUCAAAGAGAUGGUGAAUUCUUCCAGCAGUGAAAAACUUUACCUUUUAAAAGUAUUCCAGAAGUCAUACACUGAAGUUAACGACGAAGGGACAGAAGCCGCUGCUAGCACUGCAGCUUCAAUUAUACUUUGUUGUGCUACAUAUCCUGCUCCAAGUUUUGUAGCAGACCAUCCUUUCAUGUUCAUAAUAAGGGAAGAACACUAG